UCACUCACUCACUCACUCACUCACUCUACCUCUCAACUCCACUACUUUACUCCCCCCUAAACACACUUCAAUUUCCCAAUCUCAUUCAUUUCUUCUCAUUUCUCACCACUUCCACACACACACACACACCAAAAGCAAAAAAAAACACAAUGCAACAACCUCUUGUUUUAGGAGCAUUGCUCCUACUCCUCCUUACAACCACAUCCCAUGCACAUAACAUCACCAAAAUCCUAGCCAAAUCCCCUGAAUUCUCCACCUUCAACCACUACCUCACCACCACCCACCUCGCCGCGGAGAUUAACACUCGAUUAACCAUCACCGUCCUAGCUGUCGACAAUGCCGCUAUGAACGCUCUAAUUGCCAAACACCUCCCUAUUUCCUCCCUCAAAAAUGUCCUUUCCCUCCAUGUACUCUUAGAUUACUUUGGCGCCAAGAAACUACAUCAAAUAACCGAUGGUACCGCCCUUGCCGCCACAAUGUACCAAGCCACCGGUUCCGCACCCGGCACCUCCGGUUUCGUCAAUAUCACCGAUCUCAAAGGCGGUAAAGUCGGCUUCGCCGCCACUAAAGACGCCGACUCCGACGACGGAACCCUAACCCUAGAUUCAACUUUUGUCAAAUCAAUCAAAGAAAUUCCUUAUAAUAUCUCUGUUAUUCAAAUCAGUCAUGUAUUAUCUAAUCCCGACGCUUUAGCUCCGGCGCCGGCGCCGGAGCUACAGAACAUCACCGACGUGAUGUCGGCGCACGGAUGUAAAUCAUUCGCCGAUACUUUGACGGAUUUUCCCGACGCUUUGGAAGUUUAUACUAACAAUGUCGAAGGUGGAUUGACGGUUUUUUGUCCAAUUGACGACGUUUUUAAGAGUUUUUUGCCGAAAUUUAAAAACCUAACGAAAGAUGAGAAGAGUUCGUUGUUGCUUUUCCAUGGAGUUCCGAUUUAUUACUCGAUGCAAAUGUUGAAGUCUAGCAAUGGAUUGAUGAACACUUUAGCGACUGACGGUAAAAGAAAGUUCGAUUUUACUGUGCAGAAUGAAGGAAGAACUGUUACUUUGAAGACGAAGAUUGUUACCGCGAAAGUUACUGGAACUUUGCUUGAUGAACAGCCUGUUGCGAUUUACACCAUUGAUAAGGUUUUGAAGCCGAAGGAGAUUUUCAAGAAGGCUGAGAUUUCGCCGGCUCCGGCGCCGGCGCCGGAAGCUGAGGCGCCGAAGUCGUCGAAGAAGAAGCAUCAUAAGUCACCGCCGGCGCCACCGUCGGCUGAUGCGCCGGCUGAUGAGCCGAGUGCGGAUGAGCCGAGUGCAGAUGAUUCGGCGGAUGAUUCGAGUAAUGGAGGAGAGAGAAACUUAGGGUUUCUUUGGAUGGUGAUAGUGUCGGUGGGAUUUUGUGUCAUGAUGUGAAACGACAUAGUUUCGAUGAGGUAAAAAAAGUAGGGGAAAUAAUUAAUUUGGGUUUAUUAUAAAUUGAAAAAAAGUAAAAAAGAAAAAAGAAGAAGAUUGUAAUGUUGGUUUUUAUUUAUGAUGGUGUUUUCCCAAAUUGUUAUUGUUGUGUAAUUUUUAUUUUUUUUGGUUUGUUGUUUUUUUUGUGUGUGUUUUUUUUUGUAGGAUUUUAUUUUUUAAAUGAUUAAUUGGUUGUAAUUUUCGUUUCGGGUUGAGAAAUUGUAGACACACAAAAUUGAAGAUAAUUUAUGGUGAUUUAUUUAUGUGUA